CUGCGGAGAGUGUGCAGCGCGGAGCCGGCGGGCGAGCGGGCGUCCCUGCAGCCAGCGAGCGGGAGGAGGAGCCGCGCCGCGCCAGGGGCAGCCGAGGAGCCGGAGAGGGCGCCCCAGGCGGCUGCCCCGACCCUCUCCUGAGAUGUCAGGAAGGAGGGCACCACCCAUGUCCGCCACUGGGGCCCCCCAGAGCCUGGGGGCCCCCAGCCCUGGAGCCUGGAGGUGGAGGAGGUGCUGACAGGUGCUCAGCGAGAUGCCCCCCAGCCCCUCCCGCUCCCUCCCCUUCCUCCUUCUUUUCCUCCUCCCCAGUGCACCAAUGGAGCCCCACCCCCCACCCGUACCGCUGCCCCCAUUUCUAGCCCCUGAGUGGGAUCUCCUGUCCCCCAGAGUAGUCCUGUCCAGGGGCACCCCCGCCGGGCCCCCUCUGCUCUUCCUGCUGGAGGCCGGGGCUUUUGGGGAGCCAGCUGGCCGCCCCGCCAACCGCAGCCGGCGAGGGGCGAGUGAGACAGCACCAGCGAGUCGCCGGGGAGAGCUGGCUGUGUGUGAUGCAGUCAGUGGCUGGGUGACAGACCGCCGGACGGCCGUGGACCUGCGUGGGCGUGAGGUGGAGGUGCUGGGCGAGGUUCCUGCGGCUGGCGGCAGUCCCCUCCGCCAGUACUUCUUUGAGACCCGCUGCAAGGCCGACAGCACUGAGGAAGGUGGCCCUGGUGGGGGAGGAGGGGGCUGCCGGGGUGUGGACCGGAGGCACUGGGUAUCCGAGUGUAAAGCCAAGCAGUCCUACGUGCGGGCAUUGACCGCUGAUGCCCAGGGCCGCGUAGGCUGGCGAUGGAUUCGAAUUGACACCGCCUGCGUCUGCACGCUCCUCAGCCGGACUGGCCGGGCCUGAGGCCCAUGCCCAGGAACCAGGCAGGCAGAGGAAGAAGACCGCUGGAUGCCGAGGGACCUCAGGGGUGGCCUGGCUGCUCUGGGCCUCGGUUUGGGAACUUGUGAAAUGGUCACAAAGUCACAGCUUUCUGAUUUUGAGAGCUCAAUCCAUGCAAGACAGGUGGUGAAACCAAGUGGGGUUUUGAAGGACGAAUAGGAGUUCUCCUGGAUGAACUUGAGGGUAACGAUGAUAAUAAUAGCCCAAGUUUU